AUGCGUGUCUGUUUUGACGAGAAGAGUGGUUCCAAGCUGCCAUCCCGCCCAGCACCAACAGCUGAGCAUGACUCGACACCAACUGAUGGUGAUUUAAUAGGAGUGAAGGCCGAUAUUCUGAUUCCCGGUCGUGGUGAGCCCAUUGAAAACGGCGCGCUCAUAAUCGACGGCCCAAAGAUUGCUUGGGUUGGUCAGCAAUCUGCCAUUCCGGGACAAUAUGCGAACGUUGGAUUCAAGCAUGUUCCUGUCCUGAUGCCUGGCCUAUGGGACAGCCAUACGCAUUUCCAGGGAAUAGAUCCUGAGGAAGGUGACUCCCUUCUGCCUGUUUUUGGCUCGGUCGCCAUGGCGGGUGCGUGUGCUGCCAAGGAGCUUGAAACCGUAUUAAUGGCUGGUUUUACUACUGUGCGCGAACUUGGUGGGCUGGCAGGAGAUAUAUCUCCCGCAAUAGAAAAUGGUACUUUGGUUGGCCCUAAUAUAUUCUCGAGCAUUGGUCUCUUGGGUAUAACAGGGGGUCACUCCGACGUGCACGAUAUCCCAAUCGAAGCAGUACUAGAUUUAAAACGUCGCGGGGCUCCAAAUCAGGUGUGUGACGGCGUCACGGAUUGCAUCAAAACUGUACGGAUGAUGGUCCGGCGAGGCGCGAAGGUGAUCAAAGUCUGCGCAACCGGUGGUGUCGGCUCGCUGCUGGAUGAUCCGGAAGAUGCACAAUUCUCACCCGAGGAACUCAAAGCAAUUGUCGACGAGGCAGCGCGCACAAAAAGAGUUGUUGCAGCUCACUGUCAUGGAAAGGAGGGUAUUAUGAAUGCUCUCAAUGCUGGUGUAAAAACAAUCGAACACGGGAGCUAUCUAGAUGACGAAGCUAUCGCGUUGAUGAAAGAGAAAAAUGCCAUCCUCAUUUCGACCAGGGCUGUUAUUGUCGGGGGCAUCAAAAAUCCCCAAACCUUACCGCCAAGCAGCUAUAAGAAAUUGCUGAAAAUCAGCGAGCAACACAGAAAGGCAUACGAGUUGGCCAUCAAGUCUGGAGUCAAGGUUGUGCUUGGUACAGACUGGCUUUCUGGCGAAAAUGGAAAAGAACUUGCCUAUGCGGUUGAUGCAGGUAUGUCUCCGCUGCAGGCUAUUGAGGCUUCUACGGCCCUCAGUCCAGAGACUCUGGGUUCUCAUUUUGCUCCUUUGUCUGGGCAACUGAAGGAAGGAUAUGACGCGGAUAUAAUUGCAGUGGCGAGUAAUCCGUUGAAAAAUAUUAAGAUCCUGGGCGAACCCAAGAACGUCACGCAUGUGUGGAAAGGGGGGAAACUGUACAAGAAACCUUAG